AGCAGGACAGGUACUUACAAAUGCGAAUCGCCAGUAGAAGCACGGUCAUACUAUUUAAACUAUUUCGUUCAAUGUGUUUAGGAGUCACACAACAUAUCAUAUCGCUAUUCGGAUUUGCUUUAUGGACAUUCCUCUUUCAUUGUGAUUGUUAGUCUUACUUUCACUCCGCGCCUGAAAAGACUCUUACGUCGUUGUUUGAACAACGAUAAACCAUGGCAGCGCUCGAGCUGGACGCCGACACUCUGCCGACCCCGGCGGACUUUUUAUGCCCGAUUCUUCACGAUAUCAUGGAAGACCCAGUGUGCACAGUGGAUGGCCAGUCGUACAGUAGAAGUGCGAUUGCUGAGUGGUUCCGUAUGGGUCACGGCACGUCGCCAGUAACUGGCGCUCAGCUUCCUUCUUUAGCUUUGACGCCCAACAUUGCGCUGCGCAAAGCGAUAGCGACGUAUUUGGACGAGCGACCGGAAAUUGUGCAGAGGAAGCUGGAAGAAGUGGGGUUGAUUGAAGCAGUGAAGUUGUUCGAGGCCGAACAAGCAAGUCGUGAAGAGAAGAACUCGAAGCGUGUGCGGGAGCUCGAAAGCGAAAACUUGGCGCUUCGUGCGCAACUCAAUGCUGUGCGCAACAUCGUAAAUGGCGGCGGUAGUACUGGUUCUGCGCAUCCCGGAGGCUGCUCCGCAAAUAUUUUUAGUUCGAGAGGCUGCAAUCAAAUCACGCACGCGAGCGGGGGCAGAACUGCGGCAAAAAAUGAAUUUGACUUCGUCGUCCCGAAUAUUGCACUGUAUCGCGCUGGGGACUACAUGUGGUCGGAGUCUUUCUAUUCCGAAGAUCCGCCCCACAGGUACAGGCAUCGUGCCACGGUCAGUUAUUACGAGUAUGGGGUACCGAAAUCGUACGUGAAGGUUUUUUCUGAGUGCUUGACUCUUCCGACUAGGAAUCCCAAAAAAUGCACCGUCAUUUUGCUAAAACGAAAACGCGGUAAUGAAGUAGAAGGUUCAACGAAGGCCGAGUGUGAUGGUUAUUACGAAAAAAACCGGUAUCGUCAUUUUUACGGUAAAACUGUUGACAUCGAAAGUUGGGAGCGUACUCACGCUGAGUCAUUCCAUUUUUGUCAAUUGCAUUGGUUUGACUCGUACUUGCCGCCGGAGUGGAUCAACAACGAGUUAGAAAAGACUAUUCGCAUCCGUGUCUCUUUCUGAUAGAUCGGAUUUUGAACAAGAGAUAAUCAACGCGAUCGAGGACCCAUUCUGAUCUGUCUCCUCAUUUCCGAUUAAGUAGAAACAGAUGAGAAGCGAUGGAAAAUGCUUGAUGAGGAUGAUGAAAAGCUUUUGUGGAAUGGGAUUGGCGGAGUAUUUUAAUGAAAACAUCUCCCGUCUACGACGGAAUACUUCCGAGUGCCAC